AUGCAGUCAUUGCAUUAUAAUAGUGGUUCGAUUAAAUUAACUCGUGAACGUGCGACGAUGGUAGCUCGAUGGGAACCGAAUGAAGUAGCGCGAUGGAUUUCUGGUCUAACAGGGAUUCAACCGGAAAUUAGUGAGAUAUUUCUUCGAGAGCGUAUCAAUGGUGCUUCACUAGGAACUCUUCUUCGUGACGAUCUCAUCCGAAUGGGGAUUACAAAACUCGAUCAACAACUCAUUCUUAUGCAAUCUAUCGAUCUUCUACUUACUCUUGUUAAUCGUCUACAUAGCGAAACGCUGGCACUUUUGUUUAUGCGAAUACAUUGUACGGCAACAACAUGCUAUAAUCAAUUGAAGAAACAUGAUGAUACGUCGAAUGAUAAUAGUAAUGUGAUCAAUUCGCCACAUUUUUACACAUCUGUAUGCAAUCUAUCAAAUGCAAUCGUGGAGACUUGUCACUGGCUGGGAAGGUUACCGUUUAUCGAGAAUGCUGAAUAUAUCGAAUUAAGACGGAAAAUUAUCAAAGCACUUGUUCAAAUACGUGUUUUAAUACGUAAUUUACGUUUGGUCGAUCAAAUCAAUAUGCCAAAAUCAAAAUUGAUACUUGAGAUAAGUGAAUUACGAACAACUGCAAUUUCAUUAGUUCGUCAAAAUAAAGAUUCAUUAUUUUCAUCGGAUUGCUAUUUAACACGAGUGAAUUUACGACGUCCAAUUAAAAAUGAUGUGAAUAUCGAAUAUACGACGAUGCCAGACUUUACACAUGUGAUAUCGAGUAUUGAGACAGAAGCAAUGAGUUAUAUGGGCUCUGGGUUCCAUGCAAUUAACAUCGGAGAUGAAAUUAUAGAAAUCAACAAUCAAGUUGUGAUCGGUUGGGACUCAGCGCAUUUCAAUGAUCUACUUCGUUCAUCAUCACGUCCGAAUGAGAUAUGUUUAUUAGUGAAGAAAAUGCCUCGCCAUAAUGAUGAUGAAAUCUAUACAAAACGUUUGGCUGAUUUAACUCCAAAUCCUCGGCGUACGCGCAAUCGUGGUGUCUUAGAACGUAUGAAGCAAACUGAAGAUAAUCGAACGAGAUUAUUAGAACAAGAAGGAGUUCAAGAAGAAGAUCAGGUAGAUGAAGCCAUAGAUGUUGUUUCAUUCAUGUUGGAGAUUAAUGUUGAAAGUGAUGAUGAAACUCUUUAUCAAAGUAAACGUUCUUCCCAAAUCAAACGCGAUCAACAUUCUUCGUUACCUGACCUCACCGAAUCCAUUGAUGAUAGUAAUAAUCCGAAUGAUAUUAGUCAAAUCUCUGAUCAUAUUGAACCAUCGUCGUCAACUUCAUCCGUAUCGACAACUGCAAUGUUAUCGCCGACAUCUCCAAUUAAAAUCAAUUCGAAACGAAAGAAAACCAUCUCUCUUCUAGGUAAUGAUCGACCACCAUCUGCUGGUGGAGUUUCUUCGUCGCCAAAUGUAACACCUAAAAGUCCGAGAAAAAUGGGUAUUGAAUCCUAUUUUUCAACGUUAUUCCGUCCCCGUCAAGAUGCCAAGUCUGUCAUUGCUGAUCUUGAUGAGCAUGCAGCAAAAGAUCAACCUCAAUUAGUCACUGUGAAACGUAUCAAUUCUACCUACAAACAGAGUUCAUCCAACAAUUCCAACUCCUCACUACAAGACGAUCAAAUGAUUGCGUCAUCUUCGCCAUCAGCAUUGUCAACAAGUGUAGACAAACGUGACAGUCAAAGUAGCUUGCAUACACCUUCCACCCUCUCACAUAUUUCCAAUAUUUUCAAAUCAACGGAAAAACGAGCCAGCAGUGAUAGUGGAAAGAAUAUAACGUUUCGAAAUGAAUUAAAAAUGGAAAUUGGUUCGAUCAUUGGAAAUAACAACAAUACUAACGGUAUCGUUGCCAAUAAACCACCAGUUAACCAUAGUGACAGUCGAAAGAGUUCUAUAACUACGGAGCGACGUCGUCCGAAACGAAAACCCUUUAUUGACUGCUAUCUGAUUUCGUUGAAAUAUAUUUUUCUAACUCGUCUAUUCUAUAAUUUAGCAUCGUACAGAAAAGUCUCGUGCAAGGAUUUGGGCAAAGGCGAUUGUGAAGGUUUUCUACAUCGAUAUUCACCGAAAGGAACGCUUUCACUGGUUACAUGGCGUGUUUAUUGGUGCGUUUUAAAAGGCGGCACUCUAUAUGUAUUUAAAUCAAAAGAUGAUAAAAAUCAAGAAAUCGAAAUAAAAUUGGAAGGAAAAAACGUUUCGCCAGCACCAGAACGAAGAAAAUAUGCUUUUCGCAUUGCGGACGAGAAAAGUAAAUAUCGUGAAUACUUCUAUUGUUCCACGCGCGAUGAAAUGGCCAAAUGGAUGAAUAAAAUGGGCUUGGCAGCGAUUAACUUCAAUAUGGACGAUUCAAAAAUUGGUGGUUUUCACAAAGGCUUUGUAGAUUCACGUGAAGGUUCACCAGCAUCGACACCGAUACUUGGCGCUUCGCCUCUAUCAACUAGCAAACAGCAACGUGCAGGACAUAUCGGUUCGACUGGUGAUAGUGAGAAUGAUUCUGACAAAGAUUCCAUUGCAUCAUGGCAAAAAUCCACAUCUCAACAUAGCAGUGUUUCGGAUACCGAAUCAUGCCGAGAAAAAAAUGAUAAACGAGCAGAUUUAUCAUCGGCUGCGCGUCAUGCCCGUUCGUCGUCAUCGGCUUCAAUUCUAUCCGGCACGCAUAGUAGUUCAAUGAACUCACCAUCAAAUCGUUUCGUUGGGCAAAUAAAUACAUCUUCGAAUCGAAAUCACUAUCGUGCGAAUAGUUCACCGAGAAAUUUUCGUUCGUCAUAUGGAGAUGAUUUUGAAAAUUCAUAUGUUUCUGCUGCACCAAGACUUUCCGAUUCAGAUUCGUCGACAGAACUUCCGUACCAGCGAAUGUUUAUCAAUAGUCAAGUCAUUAAGAAUGAUUCAUCACAAUCGGACGUGCAUCUGCGACCUUUAAUCAAUGAUCAACCGAGAAUAUUGACUCCGUCUAGUGGUUUUACUACUCCCACGACGCCUCAUUUAUCCAUUUCGAGUGAUAAAACUCUCUCCCCAUCUCAAUCAACGUCGAACAGCCAUCUAUUUCUUCCUGGCAAUGAAGAACAAUUAUCCCAAUCAUUCAAUGAUCCUAAUACACCAUCGAAUCUGUCUACAUCCCCUGUUGAAGAAUACUCACCGGCAGUUGUUCGCAUUGCUCCACUGUAUAUAUCUGUUUACAGGUCUACUCCACCGAUUCCUCUCGUUAAAGGCAUAGUUGCUUCUUCAACACCUUCAAACAAUAAUGAUCAAUUAUUCUUCGCUCGUCGUUCACCUUCUCCUCAAUCUACUUCUAUGUUAAGAAACUCUGAGCAGUCAAAACCAAGCAAUAUUUCAACAGAUUAUGAACAUAACCAGCGUCAUCAUCAUCAUCACCACCAGCAUUAUCCAUCCACAUCAGAACAAAACUGA